UUAAAAACAUAAACAUAGCCGAAGGAGACACCAUCUCCUAAAAUUUAUAAAUUAGAAAAAAAAAAAAUUAAGAAUGAGAAAAUAGGUCCGCAGCUUCGUACAGAAACCUAAUUGUCUCCGUCUUAAUUAAUUCUCAGCGGAGCAAUGAUCAGGCAAGAAUUGCAAAACCUUCUUGGAAUCUCAUCGUCACCUCUUGUAAUUCCUAGAAAAUCACCAAAACUAUUUUUUACAAUAUUGAUCGAAGGGUGUCACUUUGAUAAUCUUCCUCCUCCAUUUCUCUUCCACAUCUCUCUCUCUCACCAUGGCCACCUCUUAUCACAACAUAAAAACGUCACCCUUUUACUCCUACUUCCUGUUCAUCCUCCUCCUGCCCUUUACUAAUCCAAUAUCCUUUGAAAUAACGCACUUUGAUCCCAACGACACCAGCAUAAUUUACGAGGGAGGUGCAGUGCCUACCGCUGGAAAUGUUGAAUUUACGAACGUCGAUUUCAUGUGCCAAGUUGGUCGAGCCACUUAUGUUGAGAAGGUGCCUAUCUGGAAUUCCAAAACUAAACAGCUCUCUGAUUUCACUACCCAUUUCUCUUUUUUCAUUGACAUCCAAGGUCGUAACCAGUAUGGAUCUGGGCUGGCUUUCUUCCUUGCUCCUGUUGGAUCUCACAUUCCACUCAAUUCAGCAGGAGGUUUCUUUGGGCUGUACAAUUUUAGCAACAUUUAUUCCUAUGAGAGUCAGAUUGUUCAUAUUGAAUUUGAUUCUUACUUCAACCGUGAAUGGGAUCCUCUGUUCCUCCACGUCGGGAUUAACAACAACUCACUUCAAUCUGCCGCUGUUACCCGUUGGAAUGCUAGGUUCCACACUGGAGAUCCUGCUGAUGUGUGGAUCACUUACAAUGCUACAACCAAGAAUCUCAGCUUGUCAUGGAAAUAUCAAACUACUUCUCUUCCUGAAGAGAACACCAGCCUUUCACUUAUUAUCGAUCUCACUACUGUUCUUCCUGAGUGGGUCGCCAUUGGAUUUUCCGCUAGCACAAGUAAUCGAAUCGAGCGGCAUGUACUUCAAUCCUGGAAGUUCAAUUCAACUUUGGAGAUGCAUGAAGAAAAGGAAAAUAAUAGUAAAAAGAUUAUUCUGACAACGAGUUUAUCAGUUACAGGAGGUUUUCUGUUGGUUGCAGUGGGAGCUUUCCUCGUUUUCUGGAUGAGGAAGAAGAAGAGAGAAAAAACAAAAGAGAAAAUGAAAUUAAUAUUAAUGAACGAUGAGAUUGAAAGCGUAGCUGGUCCAAGAAGAUAUUCUUAUGAAGAUCUUGUUUUAGCUACCAACAACUUUUCAAGGGAGAGGAGGUUGGGUCGGGGAGGAUUUGGAGCUGUUUACAAAGGAUACAAUAUCCAUUCAGGAAAGGCUUUUGCAGUGAAGAAAAUAACAAAGCGUUCAAAUAUAGACGUGAGAAAUGAGUACAUGGCAGAGGUGAAGAUCAUUAGCCAGUUGAGGCAUCGAAACCUGGUACCUAUCACAGGUUGGUGUCAUGAAAAAGGUGAAUUCCUUCUUGUCUAUGAGUUCAUGCCCAAUGGUAGUCUUGAUUCUCACCUCUUCAAGAAGAAGAUUCCUCUCACUUGGACUGCGAGAUAUAGAAUAGCUCUUGGAUUAGCUAAUGCUUUGCUCUACCUUCAUGAAGGGCCAGAAAGGUGUGUUCUCCAUCGCGAUAUCAAGGCAAGCAAUAUAAUGCUGGAUUCAAAUGUGGAAGCCAGGCUUGGUGAUUUUGGACUAGCUCUAUUCAUGGAGCCUGAUUUAGGGCCAGAGACGAGAGGGUUGGCAGGCACUAAUGGCUACAUGGCUCCAGAAUAUAUACGCACACGCAGGGCUAGUAAGGAGUCGGAUGUUUACAGUUUUGGGUUGGUUGCUUUAGAGAUUGUUACUGGACGAAUGGCGGUAGAUCCCAUUGGGGAGGAAGAUGAAGCCAUCACUUUAGUAAGAUGGGUUUGGGAUCUCUAUGAAACUGGGGAACUAAACAAAGCAGUUGAUGGGAUACUUACAGAUUUUGAUGAGACACAAGUCAAGUGUUUGUUGAUUGUGGGGCUGUGGUGUGCGUAUCCUGACAAAAAUAAGAGGCCUUCAAUAAUGCAGGCAAUUCAAGUCCUUGAGUUUAAAGCCGAGUUGCCAAAUCUUCGAGCGAUGAACACUGAUUCUGAAACUAAUGCAGCGAGGCCAUCGAUUAGUUUUGGUGAACCUGCUAUGUCGCAUUCAAGUUUUGGAGUCGGUCGUUAAGCAGGCAGUCGUUUCCUUCUUGUUUUUCAUUUUGAAUCUUUGAUGCAUUUGUUCAUUACCACUAUUCCUUAUAUAUCUCAAGCCUUAUAAUUUUUGUUGUUUACAAUUGUUUUUGGUAAUAAUACUAGUUUUGUAUUUUUAAUAAGUAAUUCUUACAAGCAUCCUAUUUAUACACCCUAUUAAUAAAAACAUUGCAUUUACAUUUUCGCUUACUGUUUUUAUAUAUCAA